AUGACAUGCCAGACAUUCAGUGCCGCGGACUCGUUCACCACACUUGCAGGAGACUCCCCUGCCUUGCCACUGCUAAUGCACCACGCCAGCACAGGGGAAUGCCUGCCCGUAAGCAGCCACGCCAGCAACAUGGUGUCUGCAGUGUCCUCCGGUUUGUCUCUGGUCCAGUCGUCCAAGCGGUCUCACAUGCACCUGUCCACCUCUGCCCUUGGCAACACAUCAGCUGGCCUGCACUAUCCCAUGCCUCCUUGUCACUAUAGCAACCAGCAGACGACAUACGGGAUGAUGGCAGGCAGCUUGGCCCCAUGCCUGUACAAGUUCCCAGAGCACAGCCUGGGAGGUGGGUCAUGUGCGCUGAGCCACAGUUUCACCCCGCUGCCCCAGGGCCUUCUGACGGAGGAGCCCAGCCUGGGCGACAUCAAACAGGAGCUCCGCAGGAAGAGCCGACCCCCAGAGGAACCCCCUGACAUGGACUCACCCCAGAUUCGGGAGCUGGAGAAGUUUGCUAAUGAUUUCAAACUGCGCAGGAUCAAGCUGGGAUACACUCAGACCAAUGUGGGUGAGGCGCUAGCUGCUGUCCAUGGGUCAGAGUUCAGCCAGACCACUAUCUGUCGUUUUGAGAACCUUCAGCUCAGCUUCAAAAAUGCUUGUAAGCUGAAAUCCAUCCUGGCCAAGUGGCUGGAGGAGGCCGAACAGGCUGGAGCUCUAUUUAAUGAGAAAAUGGGCAUGCACGAGAGAAAGCGGAAGCGGAGAACCACCAUCAGUAUGGGGGCAAAAGAGGCCCUGGAGAGAAAUUUUGUGGAGAAGAGCAAGCCAUCCUCACAGGAGAUAGUCCGCAUGGCGGAAGGGCUGCACCUGGAGAAAGAGGUAGUGCGCGUGUGGUUCUGCAAUCGCAGGCAGCGGGAGAAGCGUGUCAAAACCAACCUGCACCACAGCUCUUUCUUUUCUAAAGAGGUUCCCUCCUGUAGGUAGAUAUCAUGUGUAACUCUUCCAUGGAGAUUUUGCAAUGACAUACAGAAAAUAAACCUCAGGAAUUUUUGUCUCAAAGCAGUGGAAAAAUAUGUUUAGCUCUGACCUAAUGUGAGUAAACUACAAUGGUGGAUUAUAAAUCGUAAUGUAGGCCUAUGUGUUAGCUUCAUUUGGAUGCUGGACAUAUACAGUGAAAGACUUAACUUCAGUUGAUACCUGAGUACUGCUUAUUUUGACAAAAACAUUGUGCCCCAGAUUAUAUUUGAUCCAAAGUGUUCUCAAACUAAUUACAUGUUUACACAAUCACCACUCACUGUCAUUAAUUAUGGG